GAACAAUAAAUGAAAUAAAUGCUUCUUAAGCAACGGCGAAAAUCGAUCAUACACAAUUGAGUUGUAAGGGUCAGAGGUUAUGUGAAACUCAUCAGUUGUUAUCAGCAAAUUUCGUUAAACAAAGUGUUGAAUUUUAUUCAAUUAUUUUCAUAGUUGUGUUUGUGAGGUGACAAGAUGCAGUCGUCACCGAUCUUUGCUUUCAUCUUAGUCCUUUUUUAUUCCGUUAAUGCAGAUUGCGACAGCAAAACGACACCACCAACAUGGCCACAAUCUUAUACGGUAAAAGGAGUUUUGAUGAUUCCCUAUGCCGAAAUCAGAGAACCAUUUUAUGCAUGGUACGAUGGACCUUCUAAGCAAUCCAGAAUCGACUACUAUGGUGAUAUGGUCAAGACCUACCAGUUAUCUCAGCUUACCCCUUAUGGAUCUAGCAUCAAAAUAGCUCCAGUAACAAAUGAGCAGCAAACAAAUAUAAGAACAUGUUUGCAGGUUAACGGAACGGCGGAAAACAAGAUAGAUCCUCAGGCUAUUCUUCCCUCUUUGGAAGGAUUCACUUGUGAAGGAGAAGAAAUCAUCGAUGGAGUUCAAGUUGAAAAAUGGAUGUUAGAAACUACAAUUGGAAAUAAAGUGAACAAAUAUACCAUGUGGUUAUCCUAUAGAUCAGAUCCAGAUGGCACUGUUUCUGUUGCUGUCCCAAGGAAAUAUGAGAUGAAGGGUUUCAACUCCCUCCUUGGAAGUCACUACGAUCACUAUUAUUUAAUUUAUAGUGACUUCAAUGAUGACUCUGUUCCUCCAGAAACAUUCGCAAUUGAUUCAAACUUAACGUGCAGCUCUUUUCCUGGUCCAGGCGAUAGGCACAUAUACACUUUCAACCCCAUGAGGGAAUUUAUACAUCCCUCUAGCGACUCUCAUGUCGAUUUUGAAUUCGAUAAAUUCAAGACUAAACAUGGAAGGAAUUAUGAGAACGAUAAAGAACAUGCCCUGCGUAAGGAUAUUUUCAGGCAAAAUGUCAGGUACAUCCAUUCCGUCAACAGGCAAUCUAGAGGUUUCUCUCUUGGAGUCAAUCAUCUUUCGGACAGAACUGACUUGGAGCUGAAGGCUCUUCGUGGAAAGCAAUAUAGCGCAGGAUAUAAUGGCGGAAAGCCUUUCCCUUACAAUAAGUUGCGUUCGUUGAAGUUACCGGACUCCUUCGAUUGGAGAAUAUAUGGAGCAGUCACACCAGUUAAAGAUCAAUCAGUUUGUGGUUCUUGUUGGUCUUUUGGUACAGUUGGAGCAAUUGAAGGUGCAUAUUUUUUGAAGAAUGGUGGCAAGUUGGUUAGACUUUCACAACAAGCUCUAGUAGACUGCUCAUGGGGUUUUGGAAAUAAUGGCUGUGAUGGUGGUGAAGACUUCCGAGCUUACCAGUGGAUGAUGAAACACGGAGGUAUUCCUACAGAAAAUGACUAUGGUCCGUACCUUGGUCAGGAUGGAUAUUGCCACGCAGACAAAGUUCCUAAGGUGGCCGCCAUAACUGGUUAUGUAAACGUAACUUCAGGCGAUGAAAAUGCUUUGAAACUGGCCAUUUUCAAACACGGACCUAUUAGUGUGGCUAUUGAUGCUGGACACAAAACCUUCAGCUUCUACUCUAAUGGAAUCUAUUAUGAACCUACCUGUGGAAACAAAGUAGAUGAAUUGGACCAUGCUGUUUUAGCAGUGGGAUAUGGAACAAUUGCCGGACAGGAUUAUUGGUUGAUUAAAAACAGUUGGUCGAACUACUGGGGAAAUGAUGGUUAUGUUUUGAUGUCAGCCAAAAAUAAUAAUUGUGGAGUUAUGACAACUCCUACCUAUGUUACUAUGUAGGGAUUAGGGAUUUACUUCAAAGAUUGAAUAUUAUUUGUAAUAUAAAAUUCAGAAUGAAAUUCCAUUUUUAUACGAUUACGAAACAAAAAAUAAAUCAUAUUUUAUCA